UGACGGCGGGGACCCCGGAAAGCGAUUCGGGCGCAGAGUCAGGCCGGUGGGUGAAAGCGUUAAAUGCCGGAAGAGAGUGGAGUGGGCUGGCAAGUCAUACUUUUUUGAGUAUCAUGGCAGAUGAUUUGAAAAGGUUCCUGUAUAAAAAACUACCAAGUGUUGAAGGACUUCAUGCUAUUGUAGUAUCAGACAGAGAUGGUGUACCAGUAAUUAAGGUUGCCAAUGAUAAUGCCCCUGAGCAUGCUCUUCGGCCCGGUUUCUUGUCAACAUUUGCACUUGCUACAGAUCAGGGCAGCAAACUUGGGCUUUCCAAAAACAAAAGCAUAAUCUGUUAUUACAACACUUACCAGGUGGUUCAGUUCAAUAAACUUCCUUUGGUAGUGAGUUUUAUUGCCAGCAGCAACGCCAAUACAGGACUGAUUGUAAGCCUGGAAAAAGAGCUGGCUCCUUUGUUUGAAGAACUAUGGCAAGUGGUGGAAGUCUCUUAACUCAGUAUUUAUAUCCAGAGCACAGCAAAUCUUUAAUAUGAAACAGGGAAAGAUUCAGUCAUUUUCACACUGUAUAAUGAAUGUCUUGGAGAAAAUGUCACUUUCUCUUAUUAUAUGUUAAAAACUGUGCUGGACUGAAAUAUAAGGUAAAUGGGCUGUAGCUUUUCCUGUAUAUCCUAGAUUGCUGGGUUUAUUGGUGAGCAUAACAACUCCCAUGGAGUUAACUUCAAUCUAGCACAUAUUUCACAGUAGAAAAAAAAUACUGUGUAUAAUAAUUGUGUAUAAUAUGCCAUCCACAACUUUUUCACUCUACCAGCAAUAUGUUGCCUCUGUCUAGGUAGAUGGAGACUAGUGCAAACAUACAUUUUGCAGUCAAAUCUUCCUUUAUGCUUAUAGAAGAAGAACAUUAUGGGGAAAAGAUACGUUAAUACUGGUAUGCAAUCAAUGGUUCUUUGUUUGGAUAACAGAAUUUUAAACUUCAGAGUAGCUAUUUGUAAACGAGUAGCUACAUGCUAGCUGUUUCUGCAGAGUUUAAAUUAAUCAGUGCAUUCUCUUUCUGUAUUCUUUUUAAAACUGAUGUUUUCAAUACAUGUAAUUAUGAUACUUUGCUAACUUAUCUGGCUUUGUAUGUUCCUAAGCAAAUCUGAAUAAAAGAAGCAGGCAAGG